AUGCCUUCUCUGGCAGAACAGUUCGCCAGACUCCCCGAGCUGCUUGCGUGCCUCGGCCAGUGUGUACUAAACAGGAGACUACUCUACGACCUAUGCCUAACGAGCAGGACUUUCAAUGCGUCAUUCACGGCUUUUCUGUAUGCGGAGGUAUGGUUUACGGAGCAGAAUGCACACGUUCUCUUCGAGGACUUCGAGGGGCUUCUCAAUAAUAAGUCAUGGAAAUAUACCAAGACCCUCGAUUUCACUAUUCGCCGUCAACCACUUCCGGAUACAGAUCGUUCCGAGGGGGAGCUGUGCCAGCUGUAUAAUGAAGCCGCGCAAGAGCUUCUACUGCGGACGAGGGGAUUAAUACGUUUCUCUUGGGAACAUCAACCGUUGUACGCGACCACUUUAUCGACCUUAUACCACCAAUGUCCACGUCUUCAAUCCUUGAAAGUCCACUAUCCAUAUGAUAUUGAGGGAAUGCUCGGCAUAGCCGUCGAAUCUAGCUGGGACCACCGUGACGGGCUCUGGGAAUUACGUCCCUUAUUUGCGACACAGGACCUCUCGCUCUUCACCGAUUUAAUCGAACUCGAAAUUCACGAAAUUCAUGGUGAUCUCACCGACAUGCGGAGGGGAAUUGUGGAUAUCCUACUCAAAUCUCCCAAUAUGGGGAGUCUCAGCUUAUCAUUAAACGCCGACACACUGUUUCGUAUCGAGCAGGACGGAACGGAAGAGCAGAUGGACGAAUAUAUCCGGUUUUUUAAUUGUCUAACUGAUGAAUAUGUAGCGAGAGGUGGCGGACAACUCAAGCUGCGCAAGCUAGCGUUAGAACUCAGCUUCACCCCACUCCAAGACGAACAGCAAGAACCGACGAAUUAUCUUGAUCGUUUGACGGACCUUGCGCUUUUGGAGGAAGCGUACAUCGGGAAUGGUGGGCUUGAAAUGGCGCUCUCCAUCGAACAAGGUGACACCCACAUAGGGUGGGGCAACUUCACGCCCUCUACCUGUCCCAAACUCAGCACCUUCGGCUUUUACCAAGUCACAGAUGAAGUAAAACGAUGGGUGAAGGAGCUCGAGCCGGGAUACUUAAGCCAACUGAGAUUGGAUGACUCAAAGGGGGAGGACAUCUCGGAUUUCUGUGCAUUGUUCGAAGGCAUCGAUACGAUAUACAGUUCAAGACCAAGUAUGUUGACUAUAGUCAAGGCUGUUAAAUCUUUGGAUGCGCAUGGCGCCUUUCCUCUUCCGACCUUUCCCAGUCUUCAAGCUCUUUCCAUCAGCCUAGAGUAUAUCACGCCGGUGAUCAAAUCCGCGUUUCUCACCUGGGUCAAAGGGCUGACGUGCUUGGAGCAACUAUCCCUCCACCACACCCGCUGGAAACUAACCGACGAAGAAUAUGAGAUUUUCGGCCGCAAAAUCGCCCUCAACAACAAGAAACUACGAUACUUGAAGCUUGAAGGCCUUGCGUGGCGCGUUUGGCACGAUGGAGAGUAUAAAGGACGCGGCGUUUGCCGUCUUGAGAAACUAGAUAGAUUUGAGUCAAGAGAAGUGGAGGCGUUCAACCUGAAGCCGUGCUUCUCAUCCACGGGCUUCUAA